GUUAGGGUUAGGAGCGAUGGCGAUGGUAAUCGGGCGGUCCAAGACAUUUUCCGUUGCGCGAAACGCUGUGAGAGCAUUCCAGGAUCCGAAGACGGGUGUCAAUUGUGUUCAGCGGGAUAACAACCCAACAAUGGCUUCUCAUACUUUCAUGGCGAGCACAGAGAUUAAGGGAGAGCCAGUGACAAUCAUACUUUCUCACGUUUACAGCGGUGAUCACUCGAAGGUUCUGCGGCUUUGUGAUUUCCGGCUUGCUUCCUUCAAGAGGCACCUCCAUCAGCUUGCCAAUGGGAUAAAUAUCAACAGUGUGAUGAGCCUCUACUCCAAUGUGGAGAAGGAGCUCCGUGAGCAUGUUACAAGGGACAUGCCGGAGAGAGAGGCGUAUUGCAAGACACUAGACAUUGAUCCUGAAAUAGAUAUAGACCCUGAUCCCAUAAGUACAGUCAAGGAAAAUGAUUGGCUUCCUCAUCUUUACACAACUCUGGUAGCCAUAUAUGAAAGCGGGAAGGUGGCUGUUGGUGGGCCAGGGGCGAUGUCGGUUGCUGUUGCUGGACAGAGGAGCUUAAAGGAGUUUUCAAGUUCUUGUGAGAGCUAUGCAACUCUGCAAUGGGGACAUCUAAAUCGUGAUGAGGUGCUGCUCAUAUCUGACAUUUUCUCUCGUGUACAAACCUCAUGGAACGCGGGGGAACUAGAGAUAGAUAACAUUUCCACUACAGCAGAGGAAGCCGAUCUUGGAACUUUGGCGAUUGUUGUCAUAUUUGUUUAGAUAAUAUAGGUUACCAUUAAGAACCAAUUUACGAGCGGCAUUAAGACAGCUAAAUACUAAAGCAUUUAUCUAGAUGUAUUUUUUGUUGAA